AUGUAUGUGCGAAGGGAAUGCAAUUAUCUUCAGCCUGAACUUGGUGACAAAACAAUUUCAGACCUUGCUCACCUGACACUUUCUGGUGAUGUAGUAAUGUCCAGAAUUAAGUACAAUCACUGUGACUGUGGGCUUGUGAUGGACACUGUAUCUCCUCAUGUCUCAGCUGCCCUACAGGCUCUUUUACAUGUGCCUAACUUGCGAGACUUUUUUGACAAGGAUGUGGAACACAAGAAAGUCUGCAAAUCUUUAUUGAAUUGCCUUGUCUGUGCUUUCAACAGAGUCACUGAAAGUGCUUUAAACAAAGUUUCCACUGUUGGAGUGGUCGAUGCAUCCUUCUUUGCAAGGAAGUGGAAAAGUCUGUCAAUUUCACUAUCUGAAGAGAGGAAGAAGGACCCUCAUCAGGUGUUAUAUCUGUUUCUGACAAGGAUCAGGUAUGAAGUGGUGACAAGAGGAGAAUGGUCUUCACUUAAUGAUUUCAUGAAAAGUCCUCUAACAAAUAUCUUUUAUACAAUUAUUUCCAAGGAUGUGUCAUGUACUGCUUGUGGAAAUUUUACAAAGGACAUGCCAUACCUUACUUUGUCCAUAGACAGUUUUAGUGCUGACCUAUCUGCAGAUUUGAGUUCCAUUCUCUCUCAAAAACCAAUAGACACAUGUCCUUUUUGUCACAUACUUCAAGCUGAACUAAAAACCAGUUCAGUAACUUUGCCUAAAGUUUUGAUUAUUCAUUCAGAAAAGAGUAGCCCAAACUUCAAGUGGAGGGGAGAAGUUAAUAUUUUAGGUGACUCGUUUGAGUUUUUGGGCUGCAUUGUGGAUGCUGAAGGUGGGCCCUUUUAUGCAAGCAUGUGUCCGGAUGGGAAGUUGAGGACAUUUAAGGAUUUUGAGGUUUCCACAAUAAGGCCUGGGAAGUUUGCACUCUCUGAAUAUUUGGUGCUAGCAAAGCUGACACUAUUGUACACCAAAAAGGAAGUUAACGUAAGGCAACUUAAACCUCACACCAAUCCAAGGAGGCAUGAUCCUCAACUUGCAUCCCAGCCUGCUGAAAGGACACAAAGAAGAGGAAAUGAAUUUAAGAUAAUUGGUUUCCCUAACUUGGACAUGGUGGAUCCCGAGCCAAUGAGAAAGCAAAUGUCAACGCAAACUCCAGUGAAAAGUCACUGUGAUGCAUCAACACAGACAGGAGAAGGUAAACCAUUAAGGAAGCCUGACCGAAAGCAUGAUCCUCAACUAAACCUUCAUCCUAUAUGUGGACCUACCCCUAAAAAGAAGCAAAUGAUUUCAUUUGAUUCCUGCAAGACUGAUCCCAGGUUCAAGUUUUUCACAGGACUUAGUGUAGAAGAUUUUGACGCCCUCUUCAAUCUGAUAGGUGGUGAUGAUGUUAUAAGACAUCUGAAAAUGAAGUAUAGCGAGACUACUCCUACUAAAGCUAUUCAGACAGUCCUCUCAAGUAAGGAUAGAUUGUUCAUGCUCCUCCUUCGGCUCAGAAGAGGGUACCCUGGUGAGGAAAUUGCAUUCCUCUUUGGCAUUGAAUCAUCUUAUGCUUUGGAAAUAUGCUAUGUGAUGACACAACUUAUUUACCUAACAUUCAAGUCAAUGGAGAAAACUAUGUUCCAAUCAGUUGCUAGUCAGAAGAAAAAUACGCCCAAAGUCAUGCGUCCCUUCAAGAACUUAAGAGUUAUUUUAGAUGGGAUGUCCUUAUACACACAGACCCCAUCAAAUUUUGAACAGCAAGGGAACACAUACUCCCCGUACAAAGGUCGUAAUGUUUUUCUAUUUGCAAUUGGCAUUUCUAGGCAUGGGGCAACAAUCUUCUGUAGUGAUGGGUUUGAAGGCAGCAUGUCGGAUAAGGAAACCAUUAUACAGAGUGGACUCAUUGAUAUGCUGGAAAAAGGUGAUGGUGUGAUGACAGAUAGAGGCUACGAACUCACUGCAGAGCUGCAGGCGAAAGGAUGCCAUUUCUACAAGCCUCCUUCUCUUGGAAACCGCAAAGCCUUUACGCCAGAAGAAGAAACUCUCACAAAGGCUAUAGCUGCAGCCAGGAUUUAUGUUGAACAUGCUAUUGCCGACAUCAAGGAUUGGAAAAUUUUGGAUGGCACUCUACCGCUCAAUAUGAUUGCACAAUGGUCCAACAUUGUGUACAUUUUAGCUUUCUUCAGAAACUUCAACUCAAAUAGGAUUAAAAAUAAAAAGUUUACCCGCAAGGCCUCUGAUGAAUAAACAACAAUUUGGUGAUUUGUGUCAGAGAGUAAAGCACUUACUAAAUAUGUUUCUUUAAAAUAUAUAUUUCAAAAACUGUACAAUUGCUGUAUGUUAGUUGCAGACUACUUAAAUAACAAUGACCAGGUACAAACUACUGUGAUAACAUUGUGAUAUGAUUUACAUUCAUGCAAGAUAAUAUUUAAGUUAGUCUCAUUAUUGUCAUAAUUAUAAUAUAGGGUAGUAAAAUAGCAUGCCAUACAUGUAUUCAACAAUUGAUGAGUGAUUAACUCCACAAAUACUUUAACAAAAAAUCUACCAUGCAGUGGAAACAAUUAAAAUGAUACUUAUACAAAUUCCCAA